CGCCAUGAGUCAGAAGGCACUCGAUGGCAACUGGUUUGUACGCAAACAUGGUGCCUUCCAGCUCCCGCGCCCGGGGCGGCUGGGGGUGCCCUCCUGGGAAGGGAGAGGCGGCGGCGGCAUCUCUAAGCCGUCAGCUCACGGACUCGCUGCCUUCCUGCGCCUCCUCUCCCCUCAGCACCGACCUCCGGGUCGGGCGGGCCAGCACCUGUCAUUCCAGUCAGCUCACUGGGCUCAGAUACCCCACGGAGCCCCCCAGGACGCCCGGGUUCCGACCCGUGCCCGCCGGGAGCUGGGGUCGCGGCCCCGCACGCCCACCGCCUGAGGAGGCGGCCCGGGGCGGCGCCGGAGGGACGGGGCGGCGCUCGCGUCUGCGCAGGCGCACAUCGGCUUCCGGCAGCAUGGCGGACACACCGGCUCAACCCACCAAGAGAAAGCGCGAACCGGACGCGGAGGGGGCGGAAGGCCCCGGCCCAGGAGAAAAGGAAGCGGCCGUUGGAAAUGGCACCUCUGCUCCUGUGAGCUUACCCUUCUCCGGCUUUACAGUGCAAAAAGUGCUGAGGGAGUCUGCGCGGGACAAAAUCAUUUUCCUCCAUGGGAAGGUGAAUGAGGCCUCUGGGGAUGGGGACGGAGAGGAUGCCGUUGUGAUCUUGGAGAAGACACCAUUUCAGGUGGAGCAGGUGGCCCAGCUCCUGGCGGGCAGCCCUGAGCUCCAGCUCCAGUUCUCCAAUGACAUCUACAGCACCUAUCAUCUGUUCCCUCCAAGGCACCUGAGCGACGUGAAGACCACCGUGGUUUACCCUGCCACAGAGAAACACCUGCAGAAGUACCUGCGCCAGGACCUCCAGCUGAUCCGAGAGACAGGAGAGGAUUAUAAGAAUAUUACCUUGCCCUACCUGGCGGCCCAGAGCCUCAGCAUCCAGUGGGUAUAUAACAUUCUCGAGAAGAAGGCUGAAGCCGACCGGAUUGUUUUCGAGAACCCAGAUCCUUCUGAUGGCUUUGUCCUCAUCCCUGACCUCAAGUGGAACCAGCAGCAGCUCGAUGACCUGUACCUGAUUGCCAUCUGCCACCGCCGGGGCAUCAAGUCACUGCGGGACCUGACCCCAGAGCACCUGCCGAUGCUGAGGAACAUCCUCCAGGAGGGGCAGGAAGCCAUCCGGCAGCGCUACCAGGUGACGGGGGACCGCCUCCGGGUGUACCUGCACUACCUUCCCUCCUACUAUCACCUGCACGUACACUUCACAGCCCUGGGCUUCGAGGCCCCUGGCUCUGGGGUGGAGCGGGCGCACCUGCUGGCAGAGGUGAUUGAAAACCUGGAAUGUAACCCAAGGCACUACCAGCAACGCACCCUCACCUACGCCCUCAGGACUGACGACCCCCUGCUCCGGCUCCUGCAGGAGGCCCAGAAACGCUGAGUCGGCCCAGGAGCUGCCAGGCCAGCCAGUGUGUGGCCGCUGGGGUGGGGGCUGGGUGGAAGAGGUGGUUUUAUCACCUAGUACAUUUUUUUUAAAUGUAUUUUGUACUAGCUGAUUCCUGGUAGGUGAAUAAAGUGUUGGGAUCA